AUGCAAUACAAGAACAUUCUCGCUGGCGCAGCCGUGCUGCUUGCCUCUGCUCCCGCUACUCUGGCUUUAGGAUCCGCUACCGUCGUCAAUAACUGCGGCUAUCCCAUCUACUAUGCGUCUGUCGGCCAGUCCUACACUGCUAGCAUGCAACAACUUCAAGGCAGCUACACCGAGUCAUUCAGCCAAGAGGGUGUUGGCAUCUCUAUCAAGCUUUCUCCCAAUGCCACUACCUCUGGACCAAUCUCCCAAUUUGAAUUCACCUGGGCAAACGGCAAGGUCUCUUAUGAUCUCUCCAACAUUGACGGCUAUCCUUUCUCUGCUGGUGGUAUGGAAAUAGUUCCUUCCAUGCAAAACGAUCCCAGCAACCCCACCUGUGUCGUCAUCGACUGCCCUGCCGGCGAAUCCGUUUGCAGUGCCGCCUAUAAUGCUCCAGAUGACGUCCGAACCAUGGUUUGCGAUGAGGACUCUAAUCUCGUCUUGACCGUAUGUCCAGGUGGUGCUGCCAAGCGAAGCGUCCAGUAUAGAGAUGGUCACAUCCACUACCGUGUCCACGCUCGCCACAUGCCUAAGCGUGCAUAG